AUGACCAUUUCCAUCUCUGCUAUAUAUACCCCUCCCCUCUCUCACAAUCCCCUCCUUGUCCCCUCUCCCAUUUCCAAGCUCCCAAGAUUCUCACCACCGCGCUCUGCCAUUCAUUGUUUCUCCUCCUCUCCUCCACCACCACCAGAUAUGGAUGCCACUACAGGUCCAAGUCUCUACCCUCUGCACCGUUCUAAAACUCUUCACCUGGUAAGGCAUGCACAAGGGAUUCACAAUGUGGAAGGCGAAAAGGAUCAUAGUGCAUACAUGUCUUAUGAUCUUUUUGAUGCACAUCUUACACCUCUUGGCUGGAAUCAGGUUGAUAAUCUACACAAGCAUGUUCAAGCAUGUGGACUUUCUAAGAGAGUUGAGUUAGUCAUCACAUCUCCUUUGUUAAGGACCAUGCAAACAGCAGUGGGUGUCUUCGGGGGUGGAGCAUACUCAGACGGGAUAGAUGUACGUCCUCUAAUGGUUGCAAAUGCAGGGAACAGUAACCAUCCUGCAAUUUCAAGUCUAAACUGCCCACCAUUUGUAGCGGUUGAGCUUUGCCGUGAACAUUUGGGGGUUCAUCCAUGUGACAAGAGAAGAAGUGUUAGCGAGUACCGGCCUCUUUUUCCUGCAAUUGAUUUUUCACUGAUAGAGAAUGAGGAUGACAUUCUGUGGACGCCUGACAUUAGAGAGAAGAAUGAAGAAGUGGCAUCUAGGGGACUGAAGUUUUUGAACUGGUUGUGGACACGUAAAGAGAAGGAGAUUGCAAUUGUUACCCACAGUGGAUUCUUGUAUCAUACCUUGAGUGCUUUUGGAAAUGAUUGCCAUCCAUCGAUAAAGAGUGAAAUAUGCACACACUUUGCCAAUUGUGAGCUUCGCUCGGUGAUAAUUGUUGAUAGGAGUGUGAUGGGGUCUGAUUCUUCGACAACUAAUUAUCCUGGAAAAAUUCCUCAGGGGCCUGACCUCCCUAGCGACAUUGCAGAUGAGAAGCAAUCAGAGAAGGGUGCUUCCAAGUAA